AUGGACGCCAAACACCUAAGUACCUAUCGUCUACUUGCUCCCGAGAGGUUUCUGAAUGAGCUCAAAGCCAAGACUGUGCUUAUUACUGGCGGCGGAUACGGCAUAGGAGCCGCCAUUGCCAAAUCAUUUGUCAAAGCCGGAGUGGCCAAAGUCAUAUUAGUUGUUAAGACCUCCACUAAGGUCGCCUAUUACGCCGUCGACAUUACGUCCAAGGAUGAUGUUGAGAACCUUUUUGCUUCGAUCUCAACCAUCCCGGACAUCCUCGUCAAUAAUGCCGGUUUCUUGGCAGCACCGUCUAACUUCCUCGAUGCCGACUUGGACGAGUACUGGAAGUCCUUUUCUAUCAAUAUUUUUGGCACCGCUUUACAAGCUGGGUCACCAAGCAAUCCAGCCGUUGUGGUCACCCUCAAUACCAUUGGGGCGUAUUCGGUUCGGGUGCCUCACCUCUCGUCCUACGGAGCAAGCAAAGCCGCGUUGGCCCGUUGGUCGGAAUCUAUUGCGGUGGAUAUACCUGAACACGUGGCUCGCUUCAUUUCUGUUCAUCCCGGUGCGGUCAAGACGGAUAUGGGCAUCAAAUCUGGUCUUGAUGGUGUUUUUCCAAGUACCGAUCCUGCGCUCGCCGGAGACUUUGUUGUCUGA